AUGCUUAAAACAAAAGCAGGUGCCCAGAAUUUAUCUGAUCUAAAUAAUCAGGCCUGUAUUUUUGUUUCAGAAAUAACUCUGGCUGUCAUCCUGACUCUUCUGGGAUUUGCCAUUCUGGCUAUUUUGCUAACAAGGUGGACACGUCGCAAGCUCAAUGGAAAUGAUGUUUCAAGAUACAGUUCAGAACAAAGUGCUGGCCUUCUGGACUAUGAAGAUGGUAGAGAUUUUUCCUCUCGGAGAUCUACAAGAGGAAGAGGAUUUCGACAUUUGUAUUCAACAGAAAGUGGUGAUGCAAAAGUCUUAAAAGCAACUCCAGAACCUUUUGUGCAAUUCUCAGCACCGAUCCCUGGAGCUACAGGACCUAUAAAGCUCUCUCAAAAAACCAUUGUGCAAACUCCAGGACCUAUUGUGGACAGUUCUGGGAAAAUAACACUAUCUCCUGUGGUUAUAUUUCCAGGUUACAUGGAUAAAGAAUCUGCAAACAAAUCUGACUCCAAAGCCCAGAUUCAAAGAAGUGAAAGUGUUAUAAAAUCUCAGAGUAACCAAGAAGAAAACAAGACAAAACUACAGAAGGGGAUUUUAUUCAUGGGUCCUAAUGAAUCCUUGACAUCAGCACACAAAAUAGAGCCAGAAGGCACAGUGAAAGAGGCUGAAUUGGAGAAAGGCAAGAUAGGAGUACAGGUCAAAGUAAAGGACAGUGAUGCCACAAUGCUCAAAGGACAAGAGGCCCAAAUAAGGGAGAGUGACAUGGGAACACCAAAAGGAGAGGAAUUUCAAGAAAAGAAACAUGAGGCUGGGACACCAAAAGAACAGGAGAUCCAAGUAAAGAAGAAUGAGCCUGGAGUACUAAAAGAAAAGGCCCAAGUGAAGAAGAGUGAAGCAGGAACACCAGAAGGACAGGUGACCCAACAAGAGGAGAGUGAGGCUGGAGUGUCAGAAAGAAAGGAGGCCCUAGGGAAAGAGAGUAAGGCUGGGAUAGCAAAAGAACAGGAGGCCACUGGAAAGGAGGGUGAAGCUGGGAUACCAGAAGGACAGGAGUCCUUUGGAAAGGAGAACGAGGCUGGGAUACCAAAAGGUAAGUAGUCCCAAGAAAAUCAGGACAGUGCUGAGAAUAAUAGAAAGCAGGACAAAGAAAGGGGAGAUGCAGAGACAAAUAAUAUAGAAAAAUAA